AUGUUCCUCAUGGUCUUCGCAUCGAAGUCGAAUUUCUGUUAUGAAAGAUACUUGACUCAUCGCCCAUCCGCAUCCCUUCUCUUCACUGAUACAGAAGUUCAUUCACGACCCUUAAAACGCUCUGCAUCUCUGGCAUCGCUUCCUACGCCUCCUAGAACACAUCACAAACGAUCUCGUUCAAAAGCAGUUUCAGCGACCUCUGGACACGCGUCAGAGGACAGUGGCAGCGCAAAACGGCGCCGAACCACAGAUGUCCUUCCCGCGCAUGACGAAGAAGAAGACGAUGAGAACUCGUUUUGGACUGGUCGUAGUGUGGAGGAUACGGAAGAGGACAAGUCACCUUCGCCUGCACUGUUGAAGUAUCGCGUCCGUGAGCCCUGUUUCGCCACCUCCCUCCCGCAGAGCACCCCAAGUCCAACCUCGUGCAUCAUCAGUGCAGCGCUCGCGUUCACCCCCGCCUGCACUUUUCUACCAAAGCCACCCGUGACACCUCCCCGCAAGCUCUUCCUUCGCGCGCUACCAUCCCCCUCGAAUUCUAAGGCUAAGAAAAUAUGGCCUACUCGAGACUCCCCCGAUAACCCAUUCCUCGCUGGCGAGGGCGAAGCAAGCGUAUCUAAGGCAAGCGGCUGGGACAGCAGCGAUGAUGAAUUGCCCAUCGGAGAAGCACCCGAGCGUGAAAGCACGCCAACUCCAGCACCAGUGUUUGAGGAGAAGCCAACAAUAACCUAUGUCUUCCGGGGCCAAAAAGCGACCUUCCAUAACCCCCAAUAUCAUCUUGCCCCUGAAGUUCUUGAGGCGUCUAAAUUGCCGAUCGAUCAUCCGGACUUUGAAGUGGCUGAGGCAUGUGCCCCCCGCCGGCUCUUCUCCGACAAGCUUAAGCGCAAGCCUCAUGCCAGCGCAUCUGAGGGCGAGAGAAAUGGCACAGAGCGGGAACCUGUAUUUUCCAAGCCUCAAGGCCCUGAUAAAGGUGCUGAGCGUCAUGAGCUCCUGCAGCACGCUCGGGAGGAGCGCGAACGCAGGGAGACGGACAGCAAACAGCGCCUGGCUUCGAAGGAUGGCCUGCGCGCUGGGGCAGUUUGUUGUGGAGAGGGACAAUCCUGUUCGGCGGGCAAUGGGCCCUUACGUAUCACUCACCCAUCAGAUCCAUUGAUCCGUUCGUUUAAAUUGACCGCAUCCACCAAUCAGUCGCUGCAUUGA